ACUCAUUUCUACACCAAUCAAAAAAAAAAAAUCACAUUUGAUUUCUCAAUUCUUGUUUCAGACCAAUCAAUCAUGUCGUGCUGUGGAGGAAACUGUGGCUGUGGAUCUAGCUGCAAGUGCGGCAACGGCUGUGGAGGUUGCAAGAUGUACCCAGACAUGAGCUACACCGAAAGCAGCACAACCACUGAGACUUUGGUGCUUGGGGUGGGACCUGAGAAGACAAGCUUCGGCGCCAUGGAGAUGGGUGAAUCCCCUGUUGCUGAGAAUGGCUGCAAAUGUGGAUCUGACUGCAAGUGCAACCCUUGCACUUGUUCUAAGUGAACGAAAAUAUAGUUGAAACAGAGCAGAGAUCAUGGUGUUAGCCUUCUAUGGCUGAAGAAAAAUAGUUGAAAAAAUGUGUGUGUCUAGUGUUUUAGUGUGUCUGUCUGUUGAAAACAGGGAAAAAAAUGUGUUCUUUUUUCCCUGUAAUAAGAAAUAUAGUAAUGGAGUCUUUAUGUGUAAGUAACCAGUAAAAUGGUUUGUGUAAACAUGAAUAUCUCUGCAUCUGUUAAUUUUAACAUAUAAGUUUGGAUAUGUGUUGUGGUUUCAACUAAUUCAAGUACUUCCUUGAU